UGGAAGAAUUCUUAAUGUGUAUUAUUGUAUAUGAAUUUGGUAUCUGAAUACACGAAUGUAUUAUCUACUCAAAAUAAUAAUAACUGCUUAAAAAGUAGGGCUUGCUGAUUUUCAGGUAUCCCCUGUGAGGUACCUAGACAUUUGCAAAUUCUGGACUUAUGGAGAUAACAGCAUAAUCCUUCUAAAGUGGAUGAACUGACUCGAUAAAGUCAGAAUAGGAUGAGUUCACUUACACUGCUUACGCAGCACGCUGUGAAAUCCGUCUCUGGCUAAUUCUUUCUAGUGAAAUGUCAAGAAGCACCGUGGUGCAAGGACUAGCUCUGGUCCAGCCUGGGGCCUCAUUCUCCGUGGGCACCGUGGUUUCUAGUCUCACGGAUUUUAUGACAAGUGUCAGCCAGUUCUCGGUGUUUGCUUGCGCGCUCACCUGCGGUAGACAGUUUGCCUUUAAAGCCUCCUGUCUCACCCUGAAACCAAAUGCACUGACGCAGGCUGCAGGGACUGUGGGCCCCACGUAGGCGGGAAAAAGCGGGGCCGGAUGGCUCGUCCUGUCCCUGGGGCUGCUGCUUGGUGUUUAUGCAUGAGCCAGCCCUGACUCACCAAACCAAGAAGAGAAAACUUCCGUCUGGGACCACCCGCCAAGGCAAUGUGCCCCAGACUCCAGACGAUGCUGGAGCGUGUCCCACUCGGGGGCUCACAUUUCAGUUCCACCCGCGAGAGAAGGCAGGUGGUGGUGGGGAGAAAUCCGGAGUGCCAGAAUCAUUGUGCUGUGCUGGGUUGAUCUGGAAGGUUUUUCUACCUUCCUGGCUGGUUCAUCCCCAGAGACAGAGAGGAGAAGCAGACAUGCUGGGCGCCCCAGAGCCUCUGAACCGCCCCCCCCCCCACCCCCACGCCUGGGGGCAGAAGCGCCUCUUUGCUUUUAUCUUUGGUUGCAUCAGAAGGAAACUGCACUUUGAGGGGGAAGAUUGCUUAUUGUUCAAAAGGGGCAGUCUAACAGGAGACGGCCCUGUUAGACUGAUAACAAGCUGGGCAAUCCUCUGCUGAGUAACAAAUCAGCCCAGGGAGAGACUUAAAGGGUUUCAGCAAGGGACCUGCUUCCUCUGGCUGAGUCACGGCCAGCUCAGUGUGACGGGGGCUGGCUGCUUCCUGGCUGUGUCCGUCAUCUGGGUGGGGACACUGCCUCCUGUCCACGGGUUCCUCCUGUCACUUCCUUCCUUUCUGGGCUGAAGGUGACCCAGAGGGUGGUGGAGGGGACCAGACAUCCUUGCGUGCAGAAAUAGACACCAAGAUGGAGUUUGAUGUGUAUGGUAUUUAUUAGAGAUCAUCUGUGGAAAGAAGGUGAAGGAAGUGGGAUUUCUUCGUGGGAAAGGUCCUAGUACAAAACGGGCCAACAAUGGGAACACUUUGGACAGCUCUGGAGCAGAAGCAGCCUGUCAGAGUGAUCCCAUGUUGGGCUGAAAUGGCUGGGUCUUUGUCUCCUACAACAACCAGUCAAUGGAUAUGGGUCCCCCAGGAAGACCCAAGUUCUUGGGUUCUAGACUCCUGGAAUUUCCUGAGCGCUAGGAGCCCAUGGACCACACCUGAGUUAAAGCUAACGAGAUUUGAUCAUCAUUGUGUGGCCUACCAAAGCAUCCUUUUGAGGUUAAAGGAGUCACAAGAAGGUGACCUGCUAGCAACUUCCUUGGAAGAGAAGCAGCUCAACAAAGAACUUUCACGAAGGUCUAAGAACUUCAGGAUUAAAAUAAAGAUAAGGGUUUUUCUAUACCUACAAAUUAGUGUUUUUCCCUUGAAACCUUGGACACCUUCCCGUACAAAGAGAAAACCCCACAUGUUACGUGACAUUUCCUUGCUUUUCUAUGACACUUUCUCUUUGGUCAUUUCAGGCUGUUUUGAGAAACCCAGACUGACUGAAAAACCAAGUCCAAGCAAUUGUUUGGCACCACGAAGACAAAACAACCUGUCUCGUGAACUACAGACCACUUCUACCUCUCCCUCGAUGAGAUGGGCCCAAAGGGGACGCUUGCCUUCUUCCAACUGUAGGCAAGAAUUAGGAGGGUGUGAGCAGACAGGAACGCAGGCUGGUGGUGCACACAUGGAGCUCUGCUUCAGCAGACUCUGACACCCACUGCAGACAACUGUGGUUGAGGGUUCUCAUUACAAAUGUAUUCUUUGGAUUGCAAAAGUAUUUUGCUCUUUUGUCACUUUUCUGCGAUCAAGUCAAUGCAAUGUGCUAUACGCAAAGUCCCCUAUUAGGAGGUGUGGGCACAAAGAUGUCUAGGAGGCAGAAUUCCAGCUCUCAAAGAAAGAAAGCCCAGGGGAAUCCAGUUGUGUGGGGGGGGGGGGGGGUUGGUAGCGGGGAGGGAAGGCGCUGGGGCUGGAUGAAGGGAGUUAUCAAUGGGCAAAUAUAGAGCAGACUGAACACAACUAUAUGGUGUUCAGGAUUGGGAAACAAGAGGGACAAUCAACUCUCCAAGAACAUGUUUAAACAGUUUGUAAGGCAUGUUUAAAUGACCUCUAUUAAAAUCACGAUACACAGAUGUUAAAGGAAAGGGGUAAGAAGGCAGAAGGAUGAGACAAGCAGACAAGGAGGUCUCAAGGGUGAUGCAUGUUUAUGUUAACUAUUCCACACCCCAGUGAAGUGCAGGGUCCACCCCUCUCUCUAUGGUUGCCUUACUUCUGGUGGGUUCCUCCCUUACGGUACACCUGGACGAACCUCUGCGGUCCUGAAAUGAUGAAAGAGAUAAGCAGAGUCCUGAGAGGGGAGGGCAGGGCCAAAAAAUGCCAGUGCUGUGCUGGGAAUGUUGACUAAGUCGGCUGGGUGGAGGACUCUGGGUUGUGGAAGCGAAUAGUAGAAAAUAAACCAAGAAGAAUAGGAAGGGAUCUGAUUUUAGAAAACCUGAAAUUUCAGCCUGAGGACUUUGGACUUUUAUCAGUAGUCAGUGGAAUGUUUUGAUCAGGGGAGUAAUAUGAUCAAAAUAAUGCUUUAAUAAUAGGAACACCCUGCUUGUAUUUGAGAAUUUAUUUACAGAGAAACUACCAGGAAGAAAAUCUUGAGUCCGUAGGGAUGAAGCAGAAAUUCAAAACUAAGUUAGCAACCAUUGCCAUGACCCUUACUGACCGCCCUCUCAUUUGGCCUUAUCCCCUACUCUCUGGAACUACAAUUACCAUUCCUGUGUGCUGAGCUAUGACCGGGUAACUAGAUCACAAAUCCACUGGAAGAGUCAGGGAAUAAUGCAUAGUAAUAGCUCAGGACAUGUUUCUUAUUAGAAAUGAUGACAAGACAGGAAGUUAUAAUGGAAACCAGUGGGAAAAGAACAAAAUUUGUGAACCCUUGAUUUGCACUUGACUUUAGGGGAGGAUUUGUUGCUCAGGGAAUAGAAUUUGUAUUUGAGACAUAAGACAUAAGAAGUCUAUGUGAAGAGUUAUGUUGGCUUUUUUUA